ACAGAACCCCACGCUGCAGAAAUUAAGGACGGAUAUUUACACGCAAAAGAAGAAAUCGCACUCACUGGACGAACAUCCAGCCUUACCGACGAAGAGUUUGCAAGUUUGUUAUCGGUACACGAAAUACAGGGGCUGCAGAAGAAAACAUUUGAUAAAUUCGGAAUCCGAGUUUAUGCCAAUAAAAUGGACCUCUUUAUUCCGCGUUACCACAUCGACAAGAGGAAGCCUUGUGGUUUCAGGAAGCUGAUUGUGCGGCAACUUAAUGACAAAACAGCCAUAACGGAGCAGCAUUUCCCAAAAGAGACUGGACACACUCUUGGGCUUUUUGGAUGGGACUUAAUUUCUGCUGAUGCCAAGGAAGUGAUUGUGUGUUCUGAUGAUUUCGACUCUAUGAUUAUAUAUCAAGCCUUGAAAAAGCCUGUGAUAUCUCUGCCCAAAGGAAUCUCGGUUUUACCUGUGGAAAGCCUGCCGAUGAUGGAACAAUUUGAAAAAAUCGUUUUAUGGCUGAAUGGAGGAGGAAACCGUGCGUGGCAAAGCACCAAGAUUUUCGCGCGGAAGUUGAUUGAAAGUCGCUGUUUUUUGGUCUCGCCAGAAAUUGUCCAAAGUUGCCCAUUGACUGUUUUCAAUACGGGUGGCAACUUGUCGUCUGUUAUUCAAAAAGCCCAGCCUGUUACGCAUAAAUCCAUUGUUACCUUUGGAAGCUUUCGCCAAGAAGUAUAUAAUGAGCUCCAUAAUAUCGAGGAAUCCUGUGGCGUAAAAUGGGAACGCUUUCCAUUGUUGACCCGCAUCCUGAAAGGCCAUCGUAAAGGUGAAAUGACCGUGUUCACCGGGCCAACCGGCGCCGGGAAGACGACUUUCCUGAGCGAAUAUUCGCUUGAUUUGUGUUCGCAGGGCCUUCGUACAUUGUGGGGAAGUUUUGAAAUCAAAAACGCUCGGCUCGCUAAAACCAUGCUCAACCAAUUCAGCAGAAUCUCGUUGCAAAAGAACGUAGGAGAAUUCGAUAUGUGGGCGGAUCGUUUUGAAUUGCUUCCGUUAUACUUUUUGGUAUUUUAUGGACAACAAAGCAUGGAAAAUGUCAUAGAGGCAAUGAAACAUGCGGUAUACCUGCAUGAUAUCGAACAUAUCGUCGUGGACAAUCUACAGUUUAUGAUGGGCUCCUCCAAUUUCCGUUCCCUUAAUGAUCGGAUUGUACACCAGGAUCGGUUGAUUGAGGGCUUUCGAAGGUUUGCAUCGGAGCACGACUGUCAUGUCACCGUGGUGGUCCACCCCAGAAAAGAACUAGAAGAAGCUCAGCUGACUGCUCAGUCCAUUUAUGGUGGAGUUAAGGCUAGCCAGGAAGCCGACAACGUCCUCAUCCUGCAGAAUAACCGUGGAAAGACUGGGAUGCUUCAAGGCCGUCGGUAUAUUGAGGUAGUUAAAAAUCGAUUCGACGGGGAACUGGGAGUGAUGCCGUUAUACUUUGACAAAGAAAGCCAAAGUUUUGUGAAAAAGGAAAAAUCAAACCCGCAUUGGCCAACAAGGAAACACGAACAAAAUCCUGCGGCAGCAGAAUCCGCUGACCAAACCAUUGAAAGCCUUUCUGCCGUAGGCAAAACUUGAGUGAGGUGGACUGAGGAAGUUUGUUGGUAUGUUUUAUUUUGUUACUUUGAUUUUUUACGCUUUCUUCUCCGAAUUUGUGAUACGGUUUUUCUCUUUUACUGUGACAUUAUUGUUGAAUGUUGAAUCUAAAACAUCGCUGCAGUGGUUUGCUCAAUUUAUAAAUUGGUUGACGACGACGUUAAAAAAGUUAGUCUAAAACAAAACAACGCUGAAUCUAAAACAUCGCUGCAGUGGUUUGCUCAAU